UUUUUUUUUUUUAGUUAACUGAUUGCUUUACUCAUAGAACAAUGUCAAUUGCUCUUCAGGAGGAAAAUUUUGUUGUCAUUAAUGUCGGAUCUUCUACCACAACAGCUGGAAUUGGGAUGCAUGAUACGAAUAAACCUCCUUCAGUGAGUGUUAACAUGGCAGAUUAUAAUUAUCCAAUUAAAAACAACACGAUCGUCAAUUGGAAAGACCUUGAAGAAUGCUGGCAUCAUAUUUUAUUUAAAGAACUCAACAUUAAGAAAUCACGUAAUGAAAGUCCUGUUUUACUUACAGUACCUGUUCAAUGGACAAAAUUAGAACAUGAACGCAUUACCCAAAUAUUUUUCGAAAACUUCAAUGUACCUGGUAUUUAUAUUGCACCCCAACCCCUUUUGACUCUAUUUGGUUGUGGUGCUGUGUCUGGUAUUGUUAUUGAUAUUGGAAGUGAAAUCACAGAUGUCAAUGUUGUUGUCGAUAGUAACGUUCAAUCUCAAUCUAGCUUUACUGUCCCCAUUGGAGGAAAUCAUUUUGAUAAAUAUUUGCUUGAAUUAAUGAAUAAAGAUAGUAAACUCGUUGAACAAUUUACAGCUAUAUCCGAUGUAGAAUUAGACAUUGAAUUCGCUAAAUUCAUUCGUGAAUCACCAGGAUUAUAUAAUGUUUCUAUUGGUCAUGAAUUAAACGAAAAUAAGGUAAUAGCUGAAUUAUCAAAUGCCAUGGAAGAAUUGCCUAUUGAAUCGACAGAAGAGCUUUUGGAUGAAGACAAUCCUAAGAAAGUAGAUGAGGAAGAGGUUGGAGAUAUGCCUGAAAAUAUUGAAGUCGAAUAUAAAGGACAUAAAUUUACGAUUGGAUCUUAUCGUCAUCAAAUGUCUGAUCCCUUAUUUUUGCCAGAAUUAGUUAAUGUGAAUAGUUUAUCACUUUCAGAAGCAAUGCGAUUAGCCAUCAUGAAUUGUGAGCCACCUGAGAUUAGACCCAAAAUUUGGGAAAAUAUUGUUAUUGCUGGAGGUUGCUGUAGGAUGCCAGGAAUAGCAAAACGUAUUAAAUCAGAAGUUCAACUGUUUUUACCUCAAUCAGAUAAUGCAGGCGAUACACAACCUCGUCAAUUAAACUUUUUACGAAUUCCUGAUUACUUUACCGUACUUAAAGAGAAACAAUAUCAGCAAUAUUCAACAUGGCUAGGUGCAGAAAUUGUUGCUAAGCUUGUAUUUAUGGAUGCAAAAAAUUACAUUAGUAAAGUAGACUAUAAUGAAUCUGGUCCCUCUGUUGUUCAUACCAAAACUUACUAAACUCUAUAAUAUAUCAUCAUUGACCAGC